AUGUCGGAUCGAAAAGGAAUAAACAAAUACUAUCCGCCCGACUUUGAUCCCAGCAAGCUGGAGCGGCGUGCUAAGAAAGUGUCUGACUCCAAAUCGGCCACCAUGCCCACUGUACGGCUCAUGGUGCCUUUCUCCAUGCGAUGUACCGCCUGUGGAGAAUAUAUUUAUAAGAGCAAAAAGUUCAACGCUCGCAAACAGGUGACUGACGAGGUGUAUCUUGACGUGAAGAUCAUUCGCUUCUUUAUCCGAUGUCCUAGAUGUUCAGGUGAGAUCAGAUUCAAGACUGACCCCAAGAACUCAGACUAUCAGACCGAGUAUGGAGCUGUACGAAACUACGAACCCUGGAGAGACGAAAAGAAGGUGGAGGAGACUCUGGACGAGCGGCUGGACCGGCUGGAAAAGGAAGAGAAGGAGCUGGAGGAGCUCAAGAAACAGGGAAAGGCUAUGCCUGAUCCGUCAAAGCUAGGAACCGCAGUUUCUACAGAUGGAGACGUCAUGGCAGAGAUAGAGGCAAGGCAGAAGGCCAACAUUGAUGAGCAGGAGGGAAUUGAACGGCUCGAAGAGCUCAAGGAACGUACUGCUCGUCUUAACAAGAUUGGACGAGAUGUGGAUGUGCUGGAAGAGCUGAGAAAGAGAGAUGACAAGGAAAGUGGCGUAUCUGAACAGGAUUUGCGUGAUGAUGAGAUGGCUAAGGAGGUGUUUAGGAACGCGCAAGGUGAGAAGAUCAAGAGAGUGGAGGUGGCAAAGGUGGAUGCCUCGGUGAAGAAGGUAUCCAAGCCUGUUGUCAAGAUGAAGAAACGCAUGAAGGGAAUUGUCAGAAAGUAG